AUGGAUCACACUCAAGCCUUCAGAUCCGCCAUCAGCGACGGCACUAUCCCGUCGGCAGUGCUCCUAGCCAAACGUCGUGAUAAUUCCGAUGUGUUGUCCACCUACAUGGGGCCAAAAUCGGUAGCAUCCUGUGAACCGGACCCAAUCGACAGCAACACCAUCUUUACCUUGGCUUCUGUCACAAAGCUUCCCACUACUAUUGCUGCCCUCCAGCAAGUUGAGCAAGGUCGCAUCCAGUUGGAUGACGAUGUUACUGAGCUGCUGCCAGUUCUGCGCCAGCAAAAGAUACUCUCUGGUUUUGAUGACACAGGAAAGCCAAUUUUGAAGGACCGUAAUGGUCCUAUCACCCUCCGUCAUCUUCUUACACACGCGUCAGGCAUCGGAUACAGCUUCUUGAGCUCAGCUGAGAAGUUGCAAAAGUACAAUAACCAUACCGGCAGGGCACCAGGUCAGGGUUCCACAGUCGGAACUCGCUUCGACCUUCCUCUGCUCUAUGAGCCCGGGGAAGGUUGGGCAUACGGUGCCGGCAUCGAUUGGGCGGGGCGAGUAGUCGAGCAGCUCAGCGGACUCUCUCUUGAAGAGUACUUCAAUGAACACAUCUGGAAACCGCUCGGAGCAUCGUCUACGUUUACCUUUUUCCCUGGCAAAGACAAGUCAGCCAAGCAGCAUUUGGCCACCCUAGCCUCCAGGACAGCAGAAUCACAGCAGCUUAAGGCGGUACCUGAAGGAUUUGACCUUAACAGGGGUUUGCGAGAGUGCUUUGGCGGGCAAGGCGGAUACGGAAGAGCCGAAGAUGUUUUAAAGCUUCUGCAUUCGCUUCUUGCCAACGAUGGCCGAGUGCUGCAGCCCAAGACGGUGGACAUGAUGUUCCAGGGACAGCUGUCGCAGCCUAGCAAAACAGCACUGAAGCAAUCGCUUGAGGGACCAGCAUGGGCCGUGGGCGACUAUUACGCUGAUGAAGAAUAUAAUUGGGGGCUCGGCGGCAUAUUGAUCGAAAAGCCAAGUUCCGCUGCUCCGUACACAAGGGGUGUCAACACGCUGAUUUGGAGCGGCGCGCCAAACAUAUUCUGGUUUAUUGACCGAAGCAAUGAGCUUUGUGGACUGUUUGUCACACAGCUGCUCCCAUCGGCUGACCCUGGUGCAACGAAUGUUAUCAGAGAAUUUCAAAAGGUCGCCUAUCAUUUGAAUAAGUCACGGGAGUGA